AUGGCGGUCUUCCCCUCCAAGAGAUUCCGCAGCGCCGACCCGGCAAACAACUCGUUUGCCUCGCGGUACCGUGCGAUGAUGGCCAAGAGGCCGUUCCUCCUGUUCGGCCUGCCCUUCAUGUCGGUCAUCGUGGCGGGCUCGUUUGUGCUCACCCCGGCGACGGCGAUACGGUACGAGAAGCACGACCGCAAGGUGCGGCAGAUGACGCGCGACGAGGAGCUGGGUGUCGGCAAGAAGGGACGCAAGGUGGAUAUCAAGGAGGAGUACUAUCGUCUGGCGGCCAAAGAUCUGGAUAGCUGGGAGCAGAAGCGUGUGAAGCGGCUCGCGGGCGAGAACGACGGCAUCUUGUAA